UACCGACCUACGCCGGCGGCCGGCACCAUCUCGCUACCGAGCUGCCCAGCCCCCUAGCUCCGUAGCUCUUUCUUCCUCCUCGCGCAAGCGCUGUCCUCCCCCAUCCCGCUGCCUCGCACCCCAGCCCCCUAGCUCGCCUUCCUCCUCACGCGAGCGCCUCCACGGCACGUUGAUCUCCCCUUCGAUUCUCUCGCUUCCGACCGUUUCUCCUCCCAUCACCCCACGAACGGAUUCGCCGUUUCAUCUCCUUAAUCUUCCCCAAUUCGUAACUGAGGAAAAAAAUCAAGGUAGGGCGGCCGCCCUACCUUGCCCUACUGGUCCUCCGCCGUGUCAACGGCGCCGCUGGAUAUGGGGGCGGAAGACGACGCGCUGUUCGAGAUCAGUCGACAUGCGUCAGGAUCCCACGAAAUCCCCCGUGAAAGUGAUGAAAUCACCACAGCGAGUGGUGGCAGCUCAGGUGAAGGAGCAGGCAUCUUCUCCUAUCUCUCUUUCCAUGGUAUAAGCAAGCUCAAGGAGAGAUGGAGUAGGUAUAGCACACUUGGGAGGAGUAAGGGGAGAAGGGGUAAUGCAGCAUCCUUGUUCGUCUCGCGGAAUGCGGAGUAUGUUGCUGUAGCUCUUGGAAAUCACAUUGUCAUAUUGAGGAAGAGCGAUGGCUAUGUGUCACCCUGCGGCAUAUAUACAAAUAAUGACAGACUAGCCUUUUUUACAAAUGGGGCUUGGCUGGAGGAGCAAGGCAUUUUUGGUGUCGUGGAUGAUUCAAACUCACUAUAUUUGAUAAAAGAAAAUGGGCAUGCAGUAACUAGAAGAACAAGCAAUCAGUUGAAGGUAUCUUUUCCUAUAAUUGAUCUGCUUGUGCAGGAUGCGUCAAGUUCACAAAGGCCAGGUUUCUACAUUUUUACUAGUGAUUGUGCGGUCCAUAAAUUUGAUUACACUCAAGAACCUGAGGCGAGUUUAUACAAAGUUCGUAUAGUAACUAAAGAUGUGCCAUCACCUAGAGCUCCUCAGAUACCUCAGAGUUUGGCUUGCGUUGAUUAUCAUCAAGAUCAUUCAUUAGUGGUUCUAGUUGGGGAUUCCAGCCUCUCACCAGGCUCCAAUGACCGUUCUGGAGCAUAUUUUCUGUAUGUGUUGCACUUUGAUGGACAUCUGGAACUUAGUCUUUCAUUUCAGAGCAUGCAGCUGGAAGGGAUGUUUUCUCCUCCUAAUGGUAAAAAAACCUUUGUUUCAUCUCCAAAAGUCAGAAUAUCACCUCAAGGCAAGUGUAUUGCUACAUUGGAUUUGAAUGGUUCUGUCAACAUUUUUGUGCUUGGUGAUAAUUUGCGCUCUGUUUCGCUUCAUCCUCAUGGGAGUGGCACUAGUACGCACCUGAUUGAUGUGAAGGACAUCAGUUGGUGGACAGAUAAUAUUCUCAUGGUAGUAAAGGAAGAUGGUAGGAUUAGCAUGUACAGCAUCACUGAAAAUAUGGUAGUUUCAAAAGAUGACCCUGUCUUAUCUGCACCACUGUUGGAAAUGGCAAGGGCUAUCGAAGGAUAUGUUUUUGUUUUGCAAUCUAGCAGACAAGAAAGUGACUACAAGCCUAACCUACCUAGUGUUUCUGGGGAUCAUCAGAGUGAGAUGGAUAAAGUAUUUUGGAGUCUCAUAUCAUUCUCCAAAGUUACAGUACUGGAGAUGUACUCUGUUCUCAUCAGAGAGAAUCGGCACAAGGAUGCUUUGGAUUUUGCCUCCCGGUAUAAUCUAGAUAAGGAUGAAGUGCUUAAAGCAUGCUGGUUGCGCUCUGCUGGAGAUAUUCUUGAUAUACAGUCAUACUUGGUGAACAUCAAAGACCAAUCAUUUGUAUUGUUAGAAUGUGCAAAUAAAGUUGGACCUACAGAAGUGGCUUUGAAAGCCCUAUUUUCUUUUGGCCUUCGUAAAACAGACCGUUACAAUUUUUCGGAGCUGGAUAAUAGCGGUGAGGACUCAGUAUGGGAUAUUCGUAUCAUUAGGCUUCGUUUAUUGUGGUACAACGACUUGUUGGAGACAUUCUUGGGAAUCAAUAUGGGAAGGUUCUCAGCUGAAGAAUAUAGGAAGUUCCGUUUGAUGCCUCUUGUUGAUACUGCUAUUGCUCUAGCUGAAAGUGGCAAAAUCGGGGCCCUUAAUCUUCUUAUCAAGCGUCAUCCAUAUACUAUAUCUUCUGACAUUUUGCGUGUUUUGUCUGCAAUUCCAGAAACUAUUGCUGUGCAGACUUAUAGUCAGUUGCUACCUGGGAAAUCUCCUCCUAGUAUUGUGAUAUUAAGAGAUGGUGACUGGGUUGAAUGUGAACAGAUGGCAUCAUAUAUAAACACUUCUCCUAGUCAAUUGGAGAAGAUGGGAGUGGUGAAAACAGAAAUACUUCUAAAGCAUUCUACCGGCUUCUUAUGGCCAUCGGUUGCGGAGCUUUCUGAGUGGUACAGGAACAGAGCAAGGGACAUUGACUGCUUAAGUGGACAGCUGGAAAAUUGUCUUGCCAUGAUAGAGCUUGCAUGCCAAAAGGGCCUUGUGGAGCUGCAGCUGUUCUUUGAUGAUAUGAAAUGUCUCUACCAAGUUGUAUAUUCGGAUGAGUUGAAUGAGUUUAUAAUGAAUCUCGCGACCUGGGAAGAUUUACCUGACUAUCAAAAGUUCAAGAUCAUCCUCAAAGGAGCCAAAGAUGACACAGUGGUUCAGCGACUAGACGAAAUGGCUAUCCCUUUUAUGAACAAGAAAUUGCACUUGAUCUCCUCGAGCAGUGCUGAGAAGCAAGAAGAAUCCUACCUGACUAAAUGGAUGAAAGAGGCUGCUGCAGAAAAUGAGCUGUCCAUUUGCUUGUCUGUUAUUGAAAAUGGUUGUGGGGAGUCACCAAUUUGUGGGCUCUUCAAGGAUCUUGAUGAGAUGAUUGAAACGGCUAUUCGCUGCAUUUAUAUAUGCUCUGCGACUAACCAGUGGAAUACCAUGUCAUCAAUUUUGUCAAAGUUACUCCAUAAGACAAAGAGAGAAAAAUCUUUGUUGGCUAAUGAAGAAGACUGCAGUCUGAAAGAUGCUAAGCAAGCUCCUGGCACUUCUGUGGUUUCUUAUGUUGACAUGCAAAAUUUGUGUGCUGCUAUCUUGUCUGAUCUGAGUGAUUGUGAAAGGGAUUCUUGCCAUGGUUCAAGGGCCCACCAAUUUGAUAAUAUAAAAUCCCUUGAUAUGCGGGAGAAGAUGCUAAAAGUUGCUGAAGGUCAUGUAGAAGUUGGGAGGCUCUUUGCUUAUUAUCAGGUACCAAAGCCAACACAUUUCUUCCUUAGUGCUUACUUAGAUGAGAAGAAUGUAAAACAGCUUUUACGGCUGCUCCUAUCAAAAUUUGGGAGACGUCAACCUGUUCGAUCAGACAAUGAGUGGGCUAAUACGUGGCGUGAUUUGAAACUCUUCCAAGAAAAGGCAUUUCCUUUUCUUGAUUCAGAAUAUAUCCUGGGAGAAUUCAUUAGAGGGCUUCUAAAAGCUGGCAAAUUUUCAUUAGCCAGGAACUAUCUUGGUGGUACAAGUGCAGUUUCUUUGUCUACAGAAAAAGCUGAAAAUCUCAUUAUCCAAGCUGCAAGGGAGUAUUUUUUCUCAGCUUCAACUUUGUCCUGCAAUGAAAUCUGGAAGGCCAGGGAAUGCCUAAACCUGUUACCAAAUAGCAAAAAUGUUCAAGUAGAAACUGAUAUAAUUGAUGCUCUAACUGUCAGACUUCCUUAUCUAGGAGUCACUAUCCUUCCCGUUCAGUUUAGGCAGGUGAAGGAUCCCAUGGAGAUUAUACGUAUGGUGAUUACAAGUCAAACAGGGGCAUAUCUUCAUUUUGAAGAGAUUAUUGAUGUUGCUAAACUUCUUGGAUUAAGAAGUGAAGAAGAAAUAGCUGCUGUUGAGGAGGCUAUUGCUAGAGAAGCAGUGGUAAAUGGUGACCUUCAAUUAGCUUUUGAUCUGUGUCUAAAUUUGACUAAAAAGGGUCAUGGUGAAGUCUGGGAUUUAUGUGCUGCAAUUGCAAGAGGUCCUCAGCUUGACAAUUUGGAUACAAGCACUCGUGAAAAGCUAUUGGGCUUCUCCCUCAUCCAUUGCGACAAAGAUUCUGUUGGGGAAUUAUUGAAUGCUUGGAAGGAGCUUGAUGUCCAUGAUAAAUUCGAGCAAUUAAUGGUUUCAACAGGAACAAACCCUCCCAAUUUCUUUGUUGAUGGCUCUUCAUAUAUGCCACUUCCUGUGCAAAGUGUGCAAGACAUACUUGCCCUGAGAGGUGACCUUAGCCAUGAUAGAGAUCACGAUCAUCUGGCGAUUGCUAAAGAAAUGCUAUCAAAGGUUUGCAUGGACUUAACAAAUGAAGAUGCAUAUAGUUGGGAAUCUACUUUUGCAGAAAAUAGGAAACUAUUGUCCUUCUCUGCAUUGGAGUUGCCAUGGCUUUUGAAAUUGUCUGAUGACGAGGAGCAUGAUGGUAACAAACAUUCUUCAAAGACAGAUCAUCCCAUCAGCAGAUAUCGAUUUUCAACAAAAGUGGAGGCAACAAACAGCAUUAUAUAUUGGUUGGGUGUAAAUAGUUUUGCUCCCAGUGAUAAUCUAAUCAUGUUUCUUGCGAAGUCUGUACUGGAGCCUCCUGUAGAUGAAGAUGAUUAUGUCCUUUCCUGUUCAGUUCUUCUGAAUCUCAUGGACCCUUUCAAUGGAGUGAAAAUAAUAGAGGAAGAACUUAAAAGGCGAGAAUGUUAUCAAGAGAUUAGUAGCAUAAUGAAUGUAGGAAUGAUAUAUAGUUCCCUCAACAGUUUGAAGAAAGAAUGUUCUACUCCUGAACAGAGGAGAAAUCUGCUGCUUCACAAAUUUCAUGAGAAGUUUACCUCAAUUGAUUCAGAAGAGUUAGACCAGAUUGAUAUGGCACAUGCCACAUACUGGAGAGAGUGGAAAUCAAAGUUAGAAGAGGAGAAACGACUGGCUGAUCAAGCAAGAAUGCUAAAAACAGUAUUGCCUGAUAUAGACACAUCUCGAUUCUUGUCUGGCGAUGCCAAUUAUAUCAAAAAGGUUAUUUUCUCCUUUGUCGACUCUGCAAAGCUGGAGAGAAAACAUAUACUGAAGGAAGCAGUAAAGAUAGCUGAGAACUACGGCUUGCAGCGAACUGAGGUGCUUUUACGGUUUCUGGGCUGUGCUCUUGUCUCUGAAUAUUGGGAUAACGAUGAUAUUCUAAAUGAAAUUUCUGAGUUCCGGGAGGACAUUGUCAAAUCAGCUAAGGGGGUGAUUGAUAUGAUAUAUUCAGAUGUCUAUCCAGAGAUCGAUGGGCAUAAUAAGCAACGCCUCUCCUACAUCUUUAGCAUCCUUUCGGCAUGCCAUUCCUAUCUUAAGAGGACUAGUGAUAUAGAGUUGACAUACCCAGAACAUGUCCAUACACAUAAGCUUGAGCCAUUUCAGUAUUACAAGUUCCUUGAGGAAGAGUGCAAGAAAGUCUGUUUCAUUGAUGACUUGAACUACAAAAACAUUGCUGGCCUGGAUAAUCUGAACUUUGAGCAUUUCAAUGAGGAAGUAUGCAAGAAUAUCCAUGCCUCAACUGUCAAUGCUCUAGCUGAUAUGGUACAAGCGCUUGUGAAUAUGUAUGUUGAUGCACUGGCUAAGGGUCUGGUAUCGCGCGAAGGUGUUUACAAGCAUUAUGUUCUCGUCAUGUUGGCAUCUUUAGAAGGCCGCAAUGAAGCAAGAUCAAACAACACAGAUCAUGAAAAGUUGCAAGCGGUUCUCUGCGAAAUUGAGUCGAACUAUGAUAGUUGCAAGGAAUGCAUACAAACUCUUCCAGCCACAGACAUUCAAUACAUCAUUGGAAGGUAUUGCACCCUCUGUUUUCCUGGUAACCUAGCAAGAAGCCAUCCACAGGAACCUUCAUGGAAGAAACCUUUGGCUACACUGAUAACACUUUGGAUUAAACUUGUUGACGACAUACCAAGACAGUCAACUGAUGCUUGUUCAUAUGAAAGGACAGGCUAUUUGGAUCCGAACAGGUUAUCUCACUGCAUGAGGGCUUUCAGACAGCUAUUAAUAAAUGACGAGAUAACAGUGCACCAAGGUUGGGAUGCCAUCUCCAUGUUUGUAAAAGCUGGCUUUAACAAUGGAAUUAUAAUGGACACAUCAUAUAUUUGUCGAGCUUUGAUUCUUUCUGGAUGUGCUUUCGAAUCUGUAGUUGAAGUGUAUUAUGAAGGACAGGAAAGUGAGAGUGCAGAUUCAAGCAAUCCUUUGGAUCUCUUGGAGCUUUAUGGUGCUACUACAGAUGGCUGUUUGUCUGAUCUGAUCGAGGGUUCUUUCGAGUCUCAAGUAUUGCUGCAUAAGCUGCUGUCAUCUCUGAGUAAAUCAACAGUGGAACAUGCUGGCUCUCUUGAAAUGGUCAGAUCUGGUGUGUGGGGGAAGUUGAUAAGUUUUUCUGAGAACAUGCAGCUAGAUAGCCAACUACGGGUCUAUGCUCUGCAGCUGAUGCAGUGUAUCACCGGAAGAAACCUUAAAAGUCUUCCAAAUGAGGUUGUUUCCCAGGUACAGCCUUGGGAGUCAUGGUAUGAGCCUGGAACAAGUGAUUCCAUAGCUGACGAGGGUGCCAAUCCCUCUAGUAGCAUCACAGGGACUCUAGUGGCACUCAGAUCUAGUCAGAUGAUCACUGCAGUUCUGCCAGAUGCUAAUAUUACGCCCGAAAACCUGGCGAGUCUUGACUCUGCAGUAUCUUGCUUCUUGCACUUGUCGGAGGGUGCUUCUUCUGUUAAAAGUGUUGUUGUUCUGGAAGCAGUUCUAGAAGAGUGGGAACAAUUGUUCUUUUCCAAAGAAGAAUAUGUUCCGCCUCAUGAAUCACCAAAAGAAACAAGUGACUGGAGUGAUGGAUGGGAUGAUGGUUGGGAAGCCCUACCCGAAGAGUUGGAGAGUCCAACGAAAAAGCAAGGUGGUGCGUCGUUAUCAGUUCAUCCCCUUCACAGUUGUUGGAUGGAGCUUAUAAAAAAACUUGUUGGGCUUGGUGAGCUCCAGAAGAUCAUUGAACUUUUAGAUCGAGUGUCUUCAAAACAUGGUGUGUUGCUAGAGGCCGAUGAAGCACAGCGCCUGCUUGAACUCUUAUCUACGCUGAACUGCUUCAUGGCUCUCAAAAUCAUGCUGCUGCUCCCAUAUGAAGCUCCACAGUUGGAGUGCCUGCAAAUGGUUGAGGCAAAAAUGAGGGAAGGAACUGUGCCCACCACGUCAAACGCUGACGAUUAUGAGCUGCUGGCAUUGGUUCUGUCAUCUGGAGCCCUGCAGAAGAUCACUGCAGAAGAGGGAGACUGCAAACUUUUCUCCCAUAUAUGCCAUCUUGUUGGACACCUUGCGCGGUCAUUUCAGAAUUAUCUAUGUGUACACUGGAACGAUGAGUCUAACACACUGGAGACAUCCAAUUUAAAUCAGUCUUUACUAUUUGGUAAGGUCUUGUUACCCUGUUUCAUAUCUGAACUGGUGCUCAAAGGACAGUAUCUAGUUGCUGGGUUUGCCAUCUCAAGAUGGAUGCACACCCAUCCAUCCCUUGGCCUAAUGGAUGUUGUUGAGCCCAGUGUGCGAUGCUACCUUGAAGGUCAGGUUGCUCAAGCUCAGCAGGUAGGUGGGAGUGAUGCUUCUUUUACUGAAAAGGAACAGCAUAUAAGCCAUACAUUGUCGACUCUAAGAACCAAAUUGGUUUCUACUUUGCAAGCUGCGUUGGCGGCCCUUCCGAACCAAGAGUCUUAAGACAUCAAGUCCAGUGUACAUUGUAACUCAACGCUGCUAGUGUAAUUCAGCUUAACUGUAACAUAAAUUUUUGCAAGGCAAGGUGAAUAUUACAAGGUUUCAAACUAGCAGUUGCAGAACGUCACGAAAAGCCAAGAGAUACAUACCAUGUUCUGUUGCUCGAUCAGAAUUUACAUUGCAUGCUUAUUUUACGUAGGUAAAUUGAAUGCUUUUCCUUGGUUUCAUAGACCAACAUUUACGACACAUUUCCAUUGUCAGUUAAGUUGUAAACAGGGCUUUCGUUUACUGUAUCAGCCUUUAUGGUAGGAGUACAAUGUUUGUUCUGCAUAGGUAAAACGUGAACCCUGUUCACUCAUGUAUAAUUCCAUGUAUCAGUAUCUCCAAGUAUCGUA